AUGGCUCUGUGCCAGCGCUGUGUCUGCCGAUAUUGCCAUCGCAACGUUGGCGUGUUUUUUCUUCGCGGCCUGGGUGUCGCGCUGAGGCGCCACGAGCGGACAUGCGAGGCCGCCAGGCACUUUUUCAAUCAGGAAGCAUCAGACAGAGCAGAGGAAAAGAGCGACGCGCCGUCACAGGUGGAACCCAAUGUGGCGCCAUCUCGCGCAGAUGUCGCAAAGCAGCCAGAUCGGCCAGACAACCUGGACACAUGUGGACCGCCCUCCCAGCCCUCGCGGCCUGCCCAUAAAGUCUAUCUGUAUAUGUAUGACCUCUUUGGCGGGCGGAGCAUUGGCCGCAUCUUCCUCGGCAAGAAAUUCCAGGCCGUAUGGCACACGAGCAUCGUUGUAGAAUGGCCAAACAAUUGCUGUGAACUCUGGUAUGACAACCGGAUCUAUGUCUCACCUCCAGGACAAACUCCAUUUCGUACCCCGGACGAGAAGAGGCUGCUGGGGACCACCCCAAUGCCUCACGUUACCAUGAUCGCCUACCUGGAAAGUGUCGACCACGAGUGGACCGGCCACUAUGACCUGGCGCAGCGCAACUGUGUGCAUUUCAGCGACUGGGUGGCACGGAGGCUGCACCUGGCAGCGUUGCCAGAUGACCUCGUAGGGCAAGCUGCGGAAGUAAUGCAAACGCCCGUGGCACGCCUCGUCCUUGGUACACUGAACAUGGUGGAGCGGCUGCGAGGUGACGCAGCACGGCAGUGA